AACCGGUGGGGGCCUGAGACGCGUCGAAUAACCGCCACCGCCGGCCGCUUCUUUGACGGCGUGGUCCAAGGCCAGUGUAGUGUCUAUUCUUUUUCCGAUCAAGUUUAAAAUUGCUGCCUCUCCGAGAUCACUGGAGACUACUGUCGAAGGCAAAGCGGCCAAAACUGGAGCUGCUUUUCUUCUGCUCCGCCAAGCCGUUAAUCGGUGUUUCUUAAUGAUUUUACAGAGUUGGGGACCUACUUUUGAUGUUCAUGAUCUGAAUUCUGUUUAGAUUUUGGACUGGUUGUGGUUGUGUGUUACUUUUCUCGAAUAGCAAUGAAGUACUAAGGUUGCUUUGCGUAGUUGAUGUCAUUAAGAGUUGAUAUCAUAUAUUAUACAGCAUGGAAGGCCACAUGGGUGAUGAAAACAGGAGAAUGGAAGCCUCUGGAAAUGCCAGUUUUAGUAUGUAUGAAGCUCAAACAAUUGAAGAACCAUACAAAGUGCAUGAUCAUGAGGAUAAAGAUAUUGUUCUGUGGCCUCCAGAUGAGAGGUGCAGAUUGUUAGGGAGUUCUUCUCAGGGAGAGUUUGGCAUUUGUGAUGACCGUGCCAUCCAAGAACCAUAUGAGAGUAUGGAAUUUGAAUCUGAAGAUGCUGCUAAGAUAUUCUAUGAUGAAUAUGCUCGGCGUGUAGGGUUUGUCAUGCGUGUUAUGUCUUGUAGACGCUCUGAAAGGGAUGGAAGGAUUCUUGCCCGCAGGCUUGGAUGCAAUAAGGAGGGUCAUUGUGUCAGCAUUCGAGGGAAAUUCGGACCUGUUCGAAAGCAAAGGCCAAGCACAAGAGAAGGUUGUAAAGCGAUGGUUCAUGUCAAAUAUAAUCAGUCUGGAAAAUGGGUGAUAACUAAGUUUGUUAAAGAUCAUAAUCACCCUCUGAUAGUUUCCCCUCGUGAAGCUUGCCAAACAAUGAAACAAGGAUGUCUGUUGAUUGAAAUGACGGCUCUUGUUUCCUCUUAUCGUGCUGACGUUGAUGCACUGGUAAAUAUAUGUCAAGUUCAGCAUUGUGAUCUGGUGUCCCUUUCUAUGGACAAUGAGUAAAUUACUGUUUUCUUAAAUGAAACACUAACUACGUAAUUUGAUCAUUUAAAUAGUAACCCCCAGUCCAGUUUCUCAGUAAUCUUUCUCCAAUAAUUUCUGCCCCUUCAAAUGACCAAACUAGGAAAUUAGUCUUCAUGCCUUACAACUGAUGGGGCUCGAAAAUGAUUUGGAAGAAAUUGUUGAAAAACAGAAUUGAAAGUGUUAUAUAAUUUGAAGAACCAAAUUGAGAAGUCAUCUUUCAACAACUACUGUAAUUUACUCGGGAAUUUUUGAUGAGACAAUGUCUGGUUAUGACUGGUCACCACAUUGAUUCUAAAGCUGGAUGAUGACCUGACCUCUCCCUGGUUUGCAACUUGCUAGUUAUUCAUACUUGAAUUAACUCUGCGUAUUGGGUUUCACAAGGUAAUAAUGUAAUCUUGUAUUAGUUUUCUCCCUUGUAUACUUUUUGAUAGAAAGAAAGUGUACAAAACAGUUACGAUUAGUUUUGUUAGAAACAGUUUGUAGCGAUAUUUUCUUUUUUGGAAAGUUUACACGGUCUUUUAUAACUUUUUA